AGGAACCUCGGGAAAUCUGGAUUGCGUGUCUCGUGUCUGGGGCUCGGCACGUGGGUAACAUUUGGAGGUCAGAUCUCCGAUGAGGUGGCGGAGCAGCUGAUGACCAUCGCCUACGAGAGCGGGGUCAACCUGUUCGACACAGCAGAGGUCUACGCGGGGGGGAAAGCAGAGAUAAUCCUGGGAAACAUCAUCAAGAAAAAGUGCUGGAGGAGAUCCAGCCUGGUGAUCACCACAAAGCUCUACUGGGGAGGGAAAGCAGAGACAGAGAGAGGCCUCAACAGAAAACACAUCAUUGAAGGUUUAAGGGGCUCCCUCCAGAGGAUGCAACUUGAGUAUGUGGACGUGGUUUUUGCAAACCGGCCAGACGGCAACACUCCUAUGGAGGAGAUCGUGAGAGCAAUGACACAUGUGAUCAACCAGGGGAUGUCCAUGUACUGGGGGACAUCACGGUGGUCCGCCAUGGAGAUCAUGGAGGCGUACUCUGUGGCCAGGCAGUUUAAUCUGAUUCCACCCGUGUGUGAGCAGGCUGAGUACCAUUUCUUCCAGAGGGAUAAAGUGGAAACUCAGCUACCAGAGCUCUACCAUAAGAUAGGUGUGGGUGUGGUCUCUUGGUCCCCCCUGGCCUGUGGCAUCAUCACUGGAAAGUAUGAAAACGCCAUCCCAGACGCCUCCAGGGCGUCGAUGAAGCCAUACCAGUGGUUGAGGGAGAAAAUAACGAGUGAAGAUGGAAGAAAACAACAAGCCAAGCUGAAGGAACUCACUCAUAUUGCGGAGAAGCUUGGAUGUACUUUGCCUCAGCUGGCCAUAGCCUGGUGCCUGAGGAACGAGGGAGUGAGCUCAGUGCUGCUGGGAUCCUCUAAUCCGAAGCAACUAACAGAGAAUCUGGGAGCAAUUCAAGUUAUUCCAAAGAUGACACCCGCCAUCGCCACAGAGGUUGAUCAUUUUCUGGGAAAUCGUCCUCACAGUAAAAAGGACUGCCAGCAGUAGGAUGAACCCCCUUCUAUCGUAAACUAUGCUCCAGAAGCUUCUCAAAGCUCACUCCUCACAGCCAUGGCACCAUAAACAUGGGCCCAACUUUAAUUCUGUGCUUGUAUGACUGUGUGUGAAUGUGUGUGUGUGUGUGUGUGUGUGAGUGUGUGUGUGUGUGUGUGUGUGUGUGUGUGUGUGUGUGUGUGUGUGUGUGUGUGUGUGUGUGUGUGUGUGUGUGUGUGUGUGUUCUGCUUGGCUGCUUGUCUGUAGGAAGAUCAACCAGUGCUCCUUAUUGUAAAGUGAGUUACUUGACAAAAGCAUGCAUGCUCCAGCUAUAGCAGCCAGCCCCCAUGACUCGGUCGGAAAACAUUAGUUACAGGAUCCAGCUAAAUUAUUUGUGAAACGAAAUUCUUCUCCACUCAAAAACAUGAACCACAAAUUCAGAGAAGCAAAUGAUUAGCCUAUAUUUUGAGACAGAAAUAUUGCUUUAAUUACUUCUGUGACAAGGGUGUUGAUGCAUUAUGUAAAUACUACUUUAGAGACACUUGCUGCUGCAGAAAAGCAUCACAUAAGCUCAUGGCACUGCAGUAAUCGACACACAAAAAAGGUCGAUCUGUAUCAAAAUGUACCCAGUUAUGCAGAAGUCUCCCUUUCUAGAUGUUUGUGAUGUGAGGAAGAAAAAAACAAUGAUGAUGUGUGUGGUCACAGCAGACUGGAUGAUAUGCUGACCCCCUCCACUGCAGCUGGUGUUUGCCUGUCAACGUGAUGAAUCGUUUCAGGGCUGAAGGAACCGAAGUUCUGCUCAUAGUGCUGUCACUAAUACUACAAGAGCAAAGUUAAGCUAGAAUAUGUUUGAAAUCAUCUGUACUGACUGUUAUAUAUAUUUUCCUAAUGAAGCAGCUAUGUCAGAAUGAGCGUUACAUCUCAUUGUGAGAUUCUUCACAAAAGUACGGGAUAGUGGACUUUCCUGUUGUGAACCUUCAACCAUUUUUUAUUUUGGACUUUGACAGACUUUCUGUCAGUGGCGAUGAUAUCUGAUUCAUUUAGUUUUUCUCUAUGUUGUAGCUAAAAUGUUUGUCUCGUCACUGUUGGGUAGAUGACCCUCCUCUGGGGCCGAUUGAGCAGCUAAUGAGGAGGCUCAGUUAAAAAAACACAUUACACAUAUGGACCUGGACCCCUGCAGUCACUGCACCUGGAACACAGUCAAUUCUUACCCAUCGUCACCCAGUUGCCAGUUUUACAUAAAGAGAUUAUCUUUAUGUUCAGUCUGUUCAAACAUGUGUUUUGGGUGUUGUUCAUCAGAUUUGUACAUACAAAUAAAGAGCUUAUAAUUCUCA